AUGGCACCGCACGACACAGAGGCACAAAUCACCACGCCGAAGGAACCGCUGCCACCGCCGCCGACGUCGGCGGCGAUGACGCUCGAACAGUAUCGCGCGUACGUCGCCUCGCAGAGUCACACCAAGGGCACGGUGCACGCGACGCCGCCGGAGGAGAAGGCCGAGCAAGAAGACAAGAAAAAGCACGGUUGGUGGCCGUGUCAGAGCUAUAAGUGCGCUGGGAAGCAGCUCAAUCCGAAGGCGGUGGAGAAGUGCGAGGCGUGCGGGGCGCUUCGGCGCUUAGACUCGGGCGGCCAGGCGUUCACCGCGUCCACCUCCGCCGCGCAGCACAGAUGGAACACCGAGGUCAGGCGCAGGUAG